AUGUCGCUGCCUCUGAAGCCGCUGACCAUUGACUCGAGUAGCAAGCAAUUGGAUUCGAAACAGAAGAAAUUUCACGCCAGCGUCGUGCGAGCACUGGAGCACUUUGAUUCCGUUACUGAGUGGGCAGAUUAUAUUGCUAGUCUGGGAAAGCUGCUGAAGGCAUUGCAGAGCUGGUCUCCUCAGUUCCAGAAUGUCAAGUAUUUUGUGCCGUCUCCGUACCAGGUCAGUAGACGGCUGGCGUCUUCGUUGUCGCCCAAUCUACCAGCUGGGGUUCACCAGAAGACUUUGGAAGUAUAUACUUUCAUCUUUGAGAAGAUCGGACGGGAGACUUUGGCGGCGGAAUGCAACAUAUGGAUUCCAGGCAUUUUGCCGUUGAUGUCAUAUGCGUCGAUGUCGGUAAAAUCGCAUCUAAUCGACCUGUAUGAUAACUAUCUCCUUCAGUUGCCCUCUUCCACAUUGAAACUGCUGGUUAGGCCGCUAUUGGCGAGCCUUUUGCCUGGGAUUGAUGACGAGAGCAGUGAAUUUCAGCCCCUUACGAUAAGACUGUUGGAAACACUACAAGAGAAUUUGGCAGAAAACUCUCUGUUUUGGCAAACUUGCUUUCUCGUCAUGAUUACCAGCCAAGAGCGACGGUUAGGCGGGUUGGUGUGGUUAACCAAAAAAUUCCCUUCUAUGAACUCUGUUCCGCAUUUGGUCUCUCAGAAGUCCCAACAGAUGGGCUCGGGACAAGAGGAUGAAAGGCGUCAGGACGCUAAGGCUCUGCGGAACGACGCGCUUUCUUUGCUGCUGCCUGAAGCGAAGGAUCUUCUUUCACCGGACCCUGGGCUGCUUAUCAGAUGCCUUGCCUGUUGUUUGGAUAACGAAAAUGACUUGUUAAUAAAAAGAGGGAUAUGGGAUUUAAUGGUUCAAAGAUUACACCUCGAUUCACCGGUGCUGAGCACCCUCGUGACCCAGGCGGAUAAGCAGUUACUGUUGAUGAGCUGCUGCAAGACUACUCUAGCAAAGGACAUGUCUUUGAAUAGACGACUUUGGAACUGGCUGGUGGGCCCAACCGCCGCAGCUUUAGCAAACAACGCCAAUAGCAUUGAGUUGGAGCUGAAGAAGACAGAACAGGGGGGUAAGAAUAGCUGUGAGUACUUUCUCGAAAAUGGUUUGCAAUCAUUGACAUUGGGUCUCAAGGAGAUGCUCAAAGAAGAGCAGUCUGUGAUGAACGUGUUUAGCAUAUGUCUAGCAGUGAUGGACAGAUGGGAAGUAGGAUCGUUGGUGAUUCCUGAAAUGUUCAUCCCAUUAUUGACCACUGCUCAAAAAUAUCAGAUGAACGAGCGUAUCCUCAAAAUAGCAAAUUCUUUCUUUGACGCUGUCGAAACCAAUAUUAUAUGGGGCAGAAUCUUCCAAUAUAUCAGAGAGAGCGGGGAUCUAGGGUUUCCUCGAUUCGUCCUGAACACUUUCAACAUUACUUCAGAUGAAGAAAUCAUCGUACGACACCUACCACUUAUAUUAUUGGCCAUGCUUUGCGUCGAGUAUCGUGAUGAUCAUGCCAGCAACAUAGAACGUUUAGUUUUGUGCCAGCAAUUAGCAAAUAGAAUUCCAGAGCGUGCAUUUUUACCCUUGGAAACUUCUAGAUCAAGCAUGGAUGAACAGAAUAGCGAGAAUAUCAUAGAUCAGAUAGCUGAAUUCUAUUCCCGCGCGUCCGACCCGAUGGUUUCCCAAGAGACGGAACGCGCGAAUGAAAUCGUGCCGCCAUUUCCUACUCAUCGAUUGACCUUGCUCAUAAUUGACCAUUCAUACAAGCUAUUACUAAGAAACUUGGAAAAGCAAGACAAUGUAGAUGAAGCUGCAUCGGUAUAUGUGACAAUAUUCAAGAAAAUCCCUAGUGGGCAGAAAAAUAUUAACCCCGUUGAACAGAUUGAAGAAGCCGAUAAGCAAAUGGUUGAUCUUAUGUUUACUCUUUGCAAAAAAAACGCACAUCACAAUUCCAUCUCCGGAAUCAUCAAGGCCUUCAGCAGUUAUUUAUGUUUGAAAAUACCUCUGGAGGAGUCAUGUCGAUUAUUGCACUCAAUAGUCGGCUCUUUGUGGAGCCUUCUGGUGGAGCCAAAAACGCAAUUGAAGGCACUUAGAUCAUUAGAGUUACUGGAAAGCAGUUCAUGUUACUCUUACCUUGAGGGAGCACUCUCACAGGCAUUCAUGGAAGAACAGGACAUUUCGAGAUCCCUUGUUGUCCUUGAGUUGCUCUGGAACCACCUAGAUCCUAGUUCUAAAAUAAUAAGCAGGCCUUUGGAGCUAAUGACAGAUGAGCUCUUCACUGAAGAAAACCCAAACUAUCUCAGCGUUUCUAAAUGGGUUCUUUCAGUCGUGAAUUCUGGAACAUCCAACAGAUUAUUUUACAUGCUUACUGACAAACUAUUGCAGGCGGAGUUUCUAAACAGAGAUAUGCUCGAAGAACUGGAUGAUCUCGACAUGUUCACAUAUAGACUGCGAUCGCUCACCAGUGUCUUGAAGACUAACAAUGGAAUUGUGAUUCGCAAUUUCGCAACAGAGCUGACCUCCAUUUCAUCACUAGCAAUCUGGGCCAACGCUGAUAUAUCGACGUACAAAAGCCUUGUUCUCACUAUUAUUCUGCGGUUUCUCGAAAUAAAGAAUAAUAACGAUGCCAAAAGUAUCCGAAGUGCUUUGAUUUUAUUAGAAUGCAUACUAGAUGGCACAGAGCGAAAUUUCAAAGAUAUCGUUAUUGUUUUGCUGCAAAUGUCCUUGAAGUACAUUGCACAAGGAGGACUCGAGUGUGAACUCAUCGCUGUCUCUCUACUUAAUAUAGUAACGAAGGCUUUGAAGUUGUCCCACGAAAAUGGUAUUAAGCUGGACAUUUUCGAUGACAAUAGCACACAUCUCAAAUAUGUGGAUUACCUUGUUACCAGUAUCGCAACCAUGGAAGGACCGCUGAUAUUAGCAUCUUACUUUGGGCUUCUGUCCGAGAGUGUGACAUAUUUUCAAACCGCCAUGUUUCGAAUGAUACUACCGCUCAGCGCAUCAAUUGUACAGUGCGUCGAUCGACUAUUCAAAAAAGAAGUAGAACAAGGCGGUUUCUACCAAUCGAUAGCUCUUCUGCUGACUGGUCUCGAAGAGCUACUGGAGGUAUCCCACAGCUAUCUCGCCACAAAGGAGAAAGAGGGAUAUUCUGCCUCGUCUGGUUCGAAAGGUGAUUUCCUUCAAUCCGUUGUAUCCAAUGUGUUUUCAUCCGAUACUUCUGCAAAUGAGGUAGAAAUACAAGGAGAAAGAGAUGUGGUUCUUCAAUCUUUUAAGCAGGUCAUAAAUUGCUGCUGUGACAUAUGGUUCUGGGCUCAUGAGCUUGCCGUUACUGGAGAAGAAGAUACUAGCGAUCAAAUGAACCACCAUUCAUUCAAGUUCAAAUUUAUCGCAAAGAAAACACUGGAAAAGCUAUUCAGUCUUGAGCCUCUACAGGUUAUGGAAACCUUGUUACUGGUUCCUGAUGAACAGAUCUUGACGCUGAUACAUGUUCUGGACGGUAAUAGACCUGCUUUAACAUUACCAUAUCUUUUCCUUAGCGUUGUCCACAGAAAAAAUAAAAACUCAUACGUUAGAUUCUCAAUAAGUGGAACAACUGGCAGCACGUCUGUCAACAAAGGUCUACGCUUAGAAUCAUCAGCGAAUUCCCAACUUGACACUGAAAGCCUGAUGAGAUUUGUGAUUCGUUACACGCGCUCCCUUGAAAAUGCAGCUAUUGAAGACUUUUACAAUGACUUUCUGCAGUUUAUCAGAGAAAUAUCUACAAAUUGCGUCCUUUAUGAAGCCAUAUCGAAAUCUGUUCUUUUAUUCAUGACUGUUGUGUCUGAUAAGCUGCGGAAAUCCAAGUUUGGGGAAGAUAAAAAGGUGCGGAGAGAGCUUUCCGAUAUUUUUAUCAAAUUCUUACCCAAUGCCCUGACCGAAAGUCCUUUUGAUUAUACAGACCCAAAGCAAUCAUUCGAUGAUCUUUCAUUUCUCGUCUCUCAUUUGCAACACGUUGUCAACGACGAAGUUGGAGGUGACAAAUUCAACAAUGCUAUUUCAGUAGUUGUGUCUCAAUGUGUUGCCCCAUACUUCAAGGCCAAAAGUAUCGCGGUUCCGGAACAUGUUUUGAACUUAAUGGUGGCGAUAGCGAAGGUUGGUAGUCGAGUGAAAAACUGGAAAACUUUGAUCAAUGACUUCUAUUUCGACAAUAGGAAAUUGCCACUGCUCUCGACCAACAAGCUGUGGGAUCGAAUCAUUUACCAAUGGUCACGGUACCCAGACAAUAAAACGAAGGUUUUGAGCGAGAUGCUGGCGACAAUUGAUUCCAAGAUGGCGGGCAUAGCACCUGCUUUGAUGCCAUUUAAUACUCGCAGCGACUCGGAGAUUGAAUCGAAAUGCCAAAAUCUGGUGAGGAUCGCGCAUCUAUUGAUGAUUUCGCCCUCGGAUAGUUAUCUAAUCAGUUUUCAGACACUGAUUUCAUCCACAUGCCAAUAUCUUCUGUCUAGCGAUUCCACCUUAAAAGAGAAAGCUUGGAUAUUACUCAGAGUCUUGCUACUGAAGUUUAACAGCCAGCACUUCCUUGAGUAUUGGUCCCUAAUCACAUACUGUCUACAAACAAAUUUACAAGAAUUCUGUGAGACUUUACAAAUACAGGCCGAAAUUCAUUCAGGAGCUGUAUUCCAAGCAUGUAAGACUUUGGACCUUCUACUGGCCCUGAACUGCGAAGGUUUUAGCAGCACAAACGAAUGGCUGUUUAUCAUUGAUACUAUAAACUGUAUCUACAAGAGCUAUCCUUAUGUGGCUCUGGUCGAUAAGGUUUACGAGUCUAGAGGGUUUGAAUCUAGCAGUUUAGAUGACGUUGAGCUGGUCGAUCGAUCUGAGUUGACUAUACCUAUGUUAAAAGGCGUGCAUUCCAUUCACAGUUACAUACAACUGAGAUAUUUCCUCCAGAACCUAAGCUACACGCAUUAUGAGUACAUUUAUGGACUGCAAACGCUCGAUUUGACUGGCUGCGAUGACGACUUAAGCAUAGAUAUUUUCACAUAA